AUUGCGUUUGAAUGAGAUGAUAGAGAUCUUUAUCAGCUUAGAAUCUAGUUCUAUGAGUAAGGUGUGAAAUCUUCUGAGAAAAUUUUUUCCAACUUGAAAAUUAAUCUUUGCAAUUGCUCGCAGAGAAUAUCCAGCUCAUAAAAAAAAAUCAAUAAAAGUCAGGAAUGGCGGCUAAAAGACUUUGACCCUAAAAGUCACAAUUUGUGCUUAGUAGUUCUCUUUUCAAUGAUAAUAAUCAGGUAGCUCCAAAUUGAAAGUAAAUUUCAAGCUUCAAAGAUGUGCAGAGAAAAAACCUUAUCCACAUCAUCUUCUAUGCAAUCCAUUUUAUGCUUCUUCAAAAAGUUCAUGGUAGUUGUGCUACUCCAUCAAACAUGUGAGGCAACAAUUAGUACUACUAAUAACCAAACAUACUGUCCACCUUCUUCAUGCGGCGAAAUCACAAACAUCAAACAUCCAUUUCGACUUAAGAACGAUCCAAAAACCUGUGGUGAUCCUCGAUACGAGUUUUCCUGCGAAAACAACAAGACAACCUUAAAACUGUUUUCAGGUAAAUACUAUGUGAAAUCAAUCAACUACAAUAACUACACAAUAAGAGUAGUUGAUGCUGGAAUUGAAGAAAAUAACUGCUCCGCCGUUCCUCGGUAUUUCUUAACUGCUUCCAAUUUCACAAGCUACUACAAUUAUAAUUACCAAGGGAAUGAUCCAUACGAUGUGAAUUAUCCAGCUUGGUUGGGACAUGUAAUAUACUUGAAUUGUAGCAAACCAGUGAAGAACGAUCAUAGGUACGUGUAUGUGGAUACAUCUUCUUGUAGAAUCAACUCUACUGGCCAUGGCUAUGUUUAUGCCAUCGCUGGAGACAUCGAAGCUGGGAGAUUAAGCGUCGAUUGUCGCGUGAAGAUUGUUGCUACAUCAUCAGCUUCUUUUUUUAAGUCCAAUAGUGUUGUGGAGAAUGAUAUAGACACUCGAAAGCAUUUUACGUAUGAGGAAAUUCAUGAAAUGCUUAGCUAUGGAUUUUACCUUUCGUGGAUGAAACGUGGAUGUGAAGAUUCAUGCGACACUGACCAAGAGUACUGUGGCUUGGAUGAAAAACAUGGUGUUCUUACAUGUGCGUCUAAUUUUUGUACCACUCCAUUGGGACAUACCAUCAUGUGUGAACACAUGUCAAAGCUGCGCAUAUUCAUGGAAGAUAUUAUACUUGGCAUUGUUAAAGGACUACUGCAUAUACAUGGCAUGACCAAAAGCUCUAAAUUAGGCAAGGGAUUUUCCGAUUCUAAAAUUGUCAUUGAGAUAGGAAAAGUAAGUGGUAUGUAUCUCUUGCCAUCAUUUACAGUGAGAUUUACACUUGGCUUAAUGGUUUUCUUUGUGCUAUUGAUAUAUACAUUUGGAAGAAGACAUAUAUCAAUAUAUGAAAAUAUUGAGAAUUUUCUUCGUGGAAAUACCCUAAUGCCCAUAAGGUAUUCAUACAGAGAUAUAAAGAAAAUGACUAAGAGUUUCAGAGACAAGUUAGGUGAAGGAGGAUUUGGUUCUGUUUAUAAAGGAAAGUUAAGAGGUGGGAAAUUUGUUGCCAUAAAGAUGUUGGACAAAUCUAAGGGUAAUGGACAAGAUUUUAUUAGUGAAGUCGCAACUAUAGGAAGGAUACACCAUGCCAAUGUGGUGAGACUUAUUGGAUUUUGUGUAGAAGGAUCAAAACGUGCACUUGUGUAUGAGUUCAUGCCUAAUGGGUCUCUUGAUAAAUAUAUUUCAUCUAAAGAGGAUGUUAUCACACUAACUUCUAAGAAAAUGUACGCCAUAUCUCUUGGAGUGGCUCGGGGAAUUGCUUAUUUGCAUCAAGGUUGUGACAUGCAAAUUUUGCAUUUUGAUAUCAAACCCCAUAACAUUCUUCUUGAUGAAAACUUUAUCGCCAAGGUUUCUGAUUUUGGUCUUGCAAAACUUUAUCCUAAUAACAAUAGUAUUGUCCCUUUAACUGCAGCAAGAGGAACAAUUGGCUACAUGGCUCCUGAAUUAUUCUACAAAAAUAUUGGAGGAGUAUCCUACAAAGCUGAUGUGUAUAGUUUUGGAAUGCUCUUGAUGGAAAUUGCAAGUAAAAGAAGAAAUUUGAAUUCACAGGUAGAUCGUUCAAGCCAUGUUUUCUUUCCUUUUGAGAUUUAUAAUCAAUUGGUUGAAGAAAGAGAGAUAGAAAUGGAUGAAUACACAAACGAGGACAAAUAUAAUGUAAAGAAGAUGUUCAUAACUGCAUUAUGGUGUAUACAAUUGAAACCAAGUGAUCGUCCUGCAAUGAACAAAGUAAUAGAGAUGCUCGAAGAUGAUAUUAAAAAUAUUGAAAUGUCUCCAAAGCCUUCUUUAUAUCCAAAUGAAAUUAUUGAAGAAGAACUCAAAUUCAACUCCCAUGAAAUUGAAUUGGAAGUUGAUAAUAGUUCUAAUAGUUUUAUUAAGGAAGAUACCACAAAGCCGUUAAUGAUGAAUUAUGCUUGAUGAUUUCUAGUUGUUCAUUAGUUUUCAAAAGCACCCAUACAUAAGAGAAAAUGUGUCUAUAAUAAUGUAAUAUUUGUUUUCCAAAAAUUCGUCACUUUUAAUUAUAAUUCUACAGUUUAUCAUAUAUAAAAAUAUAUUAUAUAAAAUAAAUAUCAUUGCAUAAAAA